AUGCUGCAAAAAAUAAAGGUAACUCCCAAAGUUUUCUUGCCUUUGGAUGAAUUCUAUUUGUAAACAACUGUUAAUUUGUAAUCUGUCAACUGUCAUUGGGACUCAAGGAGCUAAUCUACAGGCCUGGACAGCUUUAACAGAAACACCCUUCCUACAGAAGGUCCCUGUGUCCUCCAGAAAGCCACUUUAUGUAGACCCUUCCAGUGUGAGAUCUAGGAAGGCAUGAGGUGCUGCCCAGCUGGAAGUAAAAUGAUAUGGGAAGUCUCUGUGCAUGUACAGAAGCACUUCAUGCAUGCAUACAUGGUUCUUUGAAUCAGUGUCUUUUUCAGUCCAUUUUACUACAAAGAGUAAUUGGUUUUGAUGCAUGGUCAGGCUCACAUUUGUUUCACAGAAAUUUGUUCUCACAGUUGCAUAGUCACUGCAUUUAUAUAGGAAACAUCACUUAGGAAUAGGUAUUAACUGUACACUAAUAGUAUACAGUACAGAGGUGUUAGAUGUAAGCUUAAAACCUCCCGUUAUGGACCAAAUACCCUAUUAAAAAUAAACCUAGCAGUCUCAACAUAACCCAUCUUCCAGUCAAACCUUCUAAGUGCUCCUAGCCAUUUUCACUUUGGCAAGGCAGCAUAGCUGGCUCUUAGGAAUAAAAUGCAGAAUACUUCUACCAGUAUUUAAAACAAGUAGAUAUUGACUAGACGGAGAGACAAUCAGAAAUCACAUAACUGAAACUUAAAAGUUCACUUACGGAUUAGAUACAGUGCAAGUUUCAGUGCAGUCAGUAUGCUCAAUGCAACAGCAUUUGAACUACUUUGAACACGUACUAUUUGUCCACUGACGUGCAAUCUCAGUCUUUCAGAGCACCACUGUGCAUAAAAAUUCAUUAAAAAUACAUAAAUACCUCCAGCCUCAUUACCUCAGUCCAGACAGAGCAAUGCAUAUGCUGGAUUGGAAGUCACAAGCACAACAAAUGUAUUAAAGGCAGAGCUGAAUCUUUGCAUCUAGCUCUCUAGAUUAUAUGCACAUUUGUAGAUUCAUUGUGGAUCCCCAAAUGAUAUUGUAAUAUCUUAACUAUAUAUUUUUUGUUAUUUGGCUUCAACAUUUGUCUUCCACAUUUGUUUUUGCAUGAUGCUAACCUACAGCAUAUAUUUUAAAGGAACUAGAGACUGCAAUAAACACAGCCCAAAUAGAAACUGUACAGAAGGAAAACAGCACCAAGAUAGUUGAAGCUGAAAUCCGUGCAAUAUACAGACGACUUCAAAUACUAUCGGGUAAUAAUGAACUGUUCCAAGAGUAGUUGUUCUUACAAUCAAGAUACAUUCAUAAAUAAUGAACUGAUGCUAGCUUGGCUUUUGUAUACAGCUAGGAUACUUCUCUUAUGGAAGAGGCUAACAUCCAACUAUACCAAUGAUGGAUACAUCUUCAGUUCAUCCACCUUAAGCACUAUCCAUUAGGUAAAAUGGCAGGUGGAAUGGACAAAGUCUUAUUUGCUGGAUGCCUGCUCCCUUUCCAUUUUUAUUUUUAUUUUCAAGUUGCCAAUCAUGUAAAACAGUAUGUGCACAAGUUAAAUGUGUGCAAGUUGCAGGCUUACUGUACACAUCUUGAGUGCAGAUGCUGCAUUGCUUUCCAACACAGUGUGGCACUACCCUUUCCCCAUGCAACCUGUGCUGGAUCAAGGCACAAAUGUCUGUCUCUUUCACUGGUAACUUCACUCCAGAAUGAGUUUCUAGAAUAUGGCCCCCUUGCAAAAUUUACCCCUGCCCUCAACACUUUUUCACAAUGAAACUGAUACAUGACCCAACACUGACUUACAGUCCUAGCUUAAAUCUUCCUAGCUCUCUUUCAAGAACUAGGGAUAUUGAAAGCUUACACAAAUAUUUAAGGUUUUGCAUGUAGGAAUAGGCAUAACUUGUAUAUGGCUUCCUUGUUAUCAGGCUGUAAACUUCUUGCUGGGCUUCUUCAGCUGCCAUAACCUGAAAUACUGCUUGUUCUGACAUUAUAUGCCAAGCUGUGGAUUGGGCUGUACAUCAGAGUAUCUCACAGCCCAAUCAUAAGCAUGCUUUAUUUGGAAAUAAGCCCCCCUUUAGCUCAAAGGGACAUGUUUCCAGUUUAGUAUGGUCAGAGCCAGCCUAGCCAUUAGGCAGAGUGAGACUGCUGCCUCAGGUGGCAGAAAACCCCUAGAUGGAACACCUGUUGGUGCCCUGCCCUGUCCAUCUCCACCAGAGGCCAAAAUCAGUGCAAUAUUGCCUAUAAUUGCCUGUGACAGGGUGUGCUGCAGUGGCAGAGCAAGUGGUGGCAGCAGCAGGAGGAGGUAGGUGGUGGCAGCAGUGACAAGGCAAGUGGGCACUUCCUGUUUCACCUCAAGUGGCAAAAUGGGACAUACCCCGCUGAGCAUGGUUCUUAGAAAAACUACCUUAGGAAUAUCUGGAUGUCUUUUAAAACAUACAUCACCUGAAAAGUUAUCUGCAAAAAGAAACUGAAGUUUAUGGGAAGAUAGUAAAGAUUUUAAAUGCUGGAGUGAACCUGAUAAUUUCCUGCAGAUGCAAAUGCUAAAGAAAAGAUGGCCUUAAUAGAGGAUGCUACAAAGCUGAAGCAACUGGCUGACAUCUCCACUCAGAAUGUUUCACACAAGGCAGAAGAACUGCUAAAAAUUCAGAGAAACAUACAGCUCACUGCAAAUUCAGUGAAGGAAAAAGAGCACGAGGCCCAUCUUUUGGAAUCUCAGGUGAGCUAUUCUAACUUCAUAAUAAACCCAUCUUUCAUAAAUGUUCUGGAUAUGAGGAAUUGCUGCCACAUUAAGCUGUUAAGCCAGCAUAGUGUAGUGGUUAAGAGGGGUGGACUCAUAGUCUGGUGAACUGGGUUCGCUUCCCCGCUCCUCCACAUGCAGCUGCUGGGUGACCUUGGGCUAGUCACACUUCUUUGAAGUCUCUCAGCCUCACUCACCUCACAGAGUGUUUGUUGGGGGGGAGGAAGGGAAAGGAGAUUGUUAGCUGCUUUGAGACUCCUUAAGGGGAGUGAAAGGCAGUAUAUUAAGUCCAAACUCCUCCUUCUCAUCUGAAUGAUCAAGAGAUAAAACAGUGGACCCAGCUAAAUCAAGUGACACCCCUGAACACAUCCUGUUUUCUUUACCACAAACUCCAACGCAAAGUGGCGUCCAGUGAUGUCCGUCAACUGGGACAAAAGGAAUUUACUUGUUCAAUGGGUCUUUCAGUUUCUCUCCUCCUCCCUGAAGUCCCCUAUGUCCCCCCCAAAUUCUGCUUCAGAGAGUCCUCCAGCCCUUUGGGGCAGGUUUUGUGGGUGUGCUGGGGGGGUGGGGAGAGCAAGCCGAAGCCCAGUUGUCAUGCCAGCAGGCCCCUGUUUGUACUAUUGCUGGAUCUCACUCAAACCGUAUUCUGAAAGCCGUAUUCACUUCAAGGGCUUUUUCAUAUACCUUUUUAGCUUGCACAUAACAAAAGCGCUAAAUUAAUGCCAGAUGAGCACUGUACUGAUGUAGCAGAAGAGCUGCAUCCUCAUUAUUUUUAUUCCAAGAGCUCAAAAUUACUGCAAGCAUAGAGGGGACAUACCUAUGUGCCAUCACUAUAAUGGCACAUCACAUCAACUAGUCAAUAGGUGCACUAAAUCCCCAUAAGCAAAGAGCUUUUCAAGUAUGUUGCUAAUGCAGGUCAAGAUGCAGCUCGACUUCUGCUCAUCCAAGACCCACUGGAGGAGACUUUUGGUGUGGAGGGAGAGAUGUGCAACCACAUCCAAGGCUGCAAGUUGUUACCUGUCACUCCAGCAGGAAGCUAAUGAAGAAUUGCAUGCUCCCAAGGCACAAGAUGGGGGACACGGGUGGUGCUGUGGGUUAAACCACUGAGCCUAGGACUUGCCAUUCAGAAGGUUGGAGGUUCGAAUCCCUGAGAUGGGGUGAGCUCCCAUUGCUCGGUCCCAGCUCCUGCCCAACCUAGCAGUUCGAAAGUAUGUCAGAGUGCAAGUAGAUAAAUAGGUACCGCUCUGGCGGGAAGGUAAACAGCAUUUCUGUGCGCUGCUCUGGUUCGCCAGAAGCAGCUUAGUCAUGCUGGCCACAUGACCCAGAAGCUGUAUGCCGGCUCCCUCGGCCAGUAAAGCGAGAUGAGCGCCGCAACCCCAGAGUCGGUCAUGACUGGACCUAACGGUCAGGGGUCCCUUUACCUUUACUUUUAAGGCACAAAAUAAACAAAUCCAGUGCUAGGAAAAUGCAAUAUCCCAGUUACCAGCGUGUUGCUUGGAAGAAGUCAUCUCAACGCUGUGUAACCAGUGGGUAGCAACUGUGAAUUUAUUGUACUAUAAACAGAUCACUUAGAAAACCCUUCUGUAUUUGAACCUUUUUCUCACUAGAAGUAGUAAUUAAUUCUAAUGAUCAGAGUAAUAAAACAUGGUGGGGGCAGAGAAUGUUCAGCGUUUGCUUUCACAGUCUGCUUUAUUCAGCUUCAGCUGCAGAUUCAGCAGCACCAAGCUACAGAACAAAAACUCACAGAAAGCAGAUCAGAAUGCCUACAGCUGCAGGCAUUACUUCAUCAACUAGAGGAGAAAUUACUUAUCGGCUCCCAGUCCGUACAGCAGCACAUUGCAAAAGAACUUAGGUAGGCAGACAACAACUCCCUGUCUUUUAAUAUUUUCAUAACUAUUGAGCCUCUGCAAUUCUCACUUGGGUGACCAAUGACUUGUGUAUGAAAACAUGCUGUGCAACUUAUUAAAGAGUGGUUCAUCUUUGCAGGAUUUACCAAUGUGCUUGAGAUGGUGAACCAUUAGAACUUUUGGCUAAUAUAUCGGAGGACUAGAUGCUGAAGGUCUACUAAACUGAAGGGUGGGAUUUUCCCUAAAGUUCGUAAUAAUCUACAGCUAUGAAUGGCUAGCAAUUUUUGUUUAGUACAAGCAGACUUCGCUUACAGUUCUGGUGUGCAUGAAAUGGCCAUACAACUCCCCAGAUUUGUCUUCAGCAAGGGCAUUAUAAGAUUGUCAUAUAUAAUUUUUAAAAAUAUAUUGUAUUGAGAAUACCCCAUAUGAACCAAUAUUUAUAAUUAUGUGCAUUUAGUGAGGAGAGUGAAAAAUUAAGGCAAGUCCUCAAGGAAAAAGAGCUUUCAGCUGAUGAGGACAAAUAUUUACGUGACAAGAUGUCAGAAGAUUGUGGGCAUCUGACAAGGGAAAAUGGCCUCUUACAAGCUCAAGUGCUGAAAGCGACUAGGCAGCUGGGCAGAGUAAGUAUUUUUCUAGUAUGCAGUGUGUUAGUUCUUGGUCUUCAAUUUCUAUCUAGAAAAAGAUUUGAAAAGCUAACAAGAUUUUCAAUAUUAGCUUUUUAUGUUGUUGUUUUUGGUUGGGUGGGGAAGGCACAGAUCAAAAACAAAUAAAAUAGAUGCGAAUAGUUUUGCUAGAAUGCAUUCACUACAGAAGCUAAACAACCAGAACAAGGCAGUAGCUCAUUGAACAUGAUGUACAAGUCCCAUGGCCAGUGCAGCCUAUACCAGGAUUUCUGCCAUGGCCCAAGAUUGGCAUUGUAGCAGCUUUCCCUUACUAUACAUCAGGCAUCCCCAACCUGCAGCCCUCCAGAUGUUUUGGCCUACAAUUCCCAUGAUCCCUAGCUAACAGGACCAGUGGUCAGGGAUGAUGGGAAUUGUAGUCCAAAACAUCUGGAGGGCUGAAGGUUGGGGGUGCCUGCUAUACAUCUUAUUAUGGCCAAGUAGCUGGAAAUAGCAGCAGAACUCUGUGCUCUCUCUCAUAGCAAAGAAAUAUUUCAACAAGUUGGCUAGAGCAUGACCUGGCAACUAAUCAAUGCUUCUGCAAUGGCAGUGAAGCAGAUAACUUGCUUGCACAGCAGCAGAGAAAAUGUCAGAAAACAGGACAAAGCUGGUCCUAUACAAAGCAGUUGCAUGGCUGUAGUCCUCUUGAAUGCAAAGUCUCUAUAUUAACAGAUCAAUGAGUUUAUACUGCAGAACCAGAGAACCUAUUGCAACUCCCAAAGACAGGGCAUAAGUAUGCCCAGACUGGUAAGUGCUAAAAGCAGAUAGCAUAUGCCAUAACAUGCAUACUACAGCACAAAACACCCAAAAUGAUAUGUCCCAUCUAUCUUCAGAUUGUACCAAUUUACACAGGCAUGCAAUUUGCCGCUGAGAGGUUAACAAUUGCCCUUAACUGAACAACAGCAAACUGCAUCUGUUUUGUAUACAGCAUGCUCUUCCCCCUUCUCACAGGAGAUGGCAAAAUGGAGCCCCUGUGGCAUUACUAUAAAGCAUUAUGCCCCUGCAUGGGUGGCACUCUAGCCUUAAAGAGCUUGCAGCUCCUUUAGACUGGAAGGCCACCCUGGCAGGCACCUAUAGUCCUCCAGAUGUCGUUGAACCCUUAACUCCCAACAGUCCUAGGCAGCAUGGCCAACAGCCAGAUGGGAGUUGUAGUCACAGAUCUGGAGGGGCACAGACUCCCCACCCCAGGGUUAGACUAUAAGGAAAGCUAUUUCUGCACUCUGCCCAUGGAGCUGUUCUAUAUUCACCAGUGUGAUGCGGCGCACUCUUAGCUUUAAGGAAUCAGUAGGUCUUUGAGGCUAGGAAAAGGAACAAGAAUGUGACAUGUUUACUGAAGCAAUGCUGUAAGGUGGGAGAGAAAUAGCAAGCAAAAGGAUGUGUACCAUGUCCCUCGUUUAUUACCUGCAUGACUGUUUUGGCUAAUGUACACUCUUAACUCAUAUCAAUGCUAUAGGAGAAACAGCUGAGAGAGGAUGAGAGCACCUCCCAUUCAAGAAGAGCGUUUGAGCUAGCAUCAGGGAGAGACAGAGAAUGGCAAUUAGAGAGAGAGCUUACCUACUUGAAGACACAACUACAGAAUGAAAGACAGAGAGUUUCCAAGGUCCAGGAGCAGGUCUCUGCACUCAUAUAUAUUUUAAGUCAACUGCAUUGGUAGAAUGUAAAGCUUGCUGCAAUUAGAGCACUUCACACAUUUUUGAAGGUGAAAAGAAAGGACCUGACUAUCAAUAUAACAGCAACUUUCCAAAUAGAAUUGUGUUGGAUGCAGCAAUUUAGAACAAUAUUUGUCCAAAUAUUGUCCAGGGAUCAAACUUCGUGCUCAUGGUGUUGAUCUGACACAAAAUUUGCAAUGAAUCCAGCACCAGUCAUUUCCCUUUUAUCCCAAAGGGCCACUUUGCUCCUUUUAAAUAUAAUUUUGUGUAUCUACACAGUCACCGGCUUACUGCCACAGUUUUUAAUACUGUUUUUCUAAAUUGUUGUAACCCCGCCUGGGACUCUCUGGUGAAGGACAGGCAAGAAAUAUCACAGUGAUGGUGAUGAUGCAGUCUUACUAGAGAGUGUUGUGCACUAGUAAAUCUGGUGACUGACUAUAGAUUAGCAACACCUGCUUGUGCCUUGCUGGGUAAGGAACCUGGUUCUUGAAAUCCCAUGCAGAUUUCUACCAGGAGGCAAGUGGCCCAAAAUGCCUCAUCACAGAAGGUACGCUUUAGGUUGUAAAACAUCAUCUUAAUUUCCAAACAGUGCCUAGCAUGUUUCCUGCAUUAACUACAGAAAGGUAAUUUAAGGAGAACGGGAGAUGCAUGAAAACAGUGCUUCAGACCACAUGCACUUAUUCCUCUAGAGCAUCUGAGUAUCUGGUCAGCUCAUUGGUUCUACAUACUAAGUAAUGGUUACAUAGUUAAAUGGGCUGUAUAUUCCAAAACUAAAGAUUGUAUCUGCUGUUAACCCUACUCAGAGUAGACUCAUUGAAAUUAAUGGUUAUGACUUGGGUUCAUUGGUUUCCAUGGAUCUACUCCAAGUAAAACUUAGUUGAGUACAACCCUAAGAGAAAAGCAACUGUCCUAAUGUUACAAUAGCCUGAAAGAACACCCCAUUGCUAAGUAAAAGGUUGGCAUUACAGUGGUGCCUCGCAAGACGAAAUUAAUUCGUUCUGCAAGUUUUGUCGUCUUGCGAUUCUUUUCGUCUUGCAAAGCACGGUGUUGGGAAAGUUUUGGAAAAGCUUCAAAAAUCACCAAAGUCUUUAAAAACCUCAAAAAAGGCUACCACACCGCGUUCUAUGAGUUGCUCCUCGAAGUCAAGUCGCAACUGUAUUAACGGUGUUAAGAAAAGGAAACAAACUUGUAAGACGUUUCCGUCUUGCGAAGCAAGCCCAUAGCGAAAAUCGUCUUGCGAAGCAGCUCAAAAAACAAAAAACCCUUUCGUCUAGCGAGUUUUUUGUCUUGCGAGGCAUUCGUCUUGCGAGGUACCACUGUAUAGCAGUAGCCCCAGCUCUCUUCUAAACACACUUGCUUAAUCCCAUGCACAGGAAGCCUGUGAUGCUACAGUGAGUUAUCAGGGCAGGGGGAAUUAAAAUUAGAGCAAUGCCUAGACAUUAAUCAAUGCUAAUAGAAGCCAUUGGUAAAUAGGUACUUCACCUCCAGCAAGAAAGGAAAUCUAUGGAUCAGAAUGGGCAGCUGCUUCAGUCGCAGCUAAUAGAUUUAGAAAAGAGACGUGGCAAAGUUCAACUGGAAAAUUCCAAGCUGCAAAGAGAAAAGACUCAUUUGGUAGAGCACAUUGCUCACUUGCAUAAAGAGGUAAGUUUAUCUGUGCACUUCUCAAACAGCGUUUAUUUUUUAGCCUGCACUCCCAGUACAAGUGAGCUUCCACCUCCAUCUAAUUCUUCAUGCAACACAUGCACUGGCACAAAAUAUGGGAAUGGCCAUUGACCUCAGGCCACAACUGAGACCAUUUUGUGAGGCGUGUGAUUGUAUUUCCUAGCAGCUGGCCGGGGGUGGUGUAGAAUCAGAAUUGAGACUGUGGUGCAUCACAGAGUGUUUAAUAACCCUUUCUCUGCUGCACUCCUGACAAAAUCUCCCACCUAACUGCUUUUUUUGCCAGGGAAGGAAAGCUACUAUGGAUACCAUUGCAACUGCAUUAUAUCAGGGGCAGGGAGAGCAUCUAUUAUGUCCCUUUAAAAAAUCCACAUUUGUAUACCACCUUUAAAGAAGGUACCAAACUUUUCAAAGCAAUUUACAAAAUAAAAAUAUAAAACAGCAUGGGCGUAGGGGGGCCCCAGACUUUUGUUGGGGGGACAGAACCAACAUGAUUGGUCAGUUAGUUAUUUCUAUUGUUUUACUUGAUGGGGGGCAGCUGCUCCUUGCCCCCCCACUUGGCUACACCCAUGUGAAACAGUGCUAUAUAUCAGCAUUAGGUACAUUCUAAAUAAAAAUAUAGGUGAGAGUUAAAACUGAAGUGUGGAAUAUAAAACUAGCAGGCAGACAAGACAUGUGAGAGCUCUCCUUGCUUUGAGUAUAGAAUUUGCCAACAUCAUCAUUAUUUUUAUAUAUUAAAUUUGUAUACUGCCCUUCAUCUGAAGAUCCCAGGGUGGUUCACAACAGAAAAAUACAAAAUGAAAACCCCCAAUACAUAAAACAAAAACAAACCAAUAACCACCGCCCCAUACAUUUAAAAAGCCAUAGGAUAUUAAUGUAAUUUAUACUUACAGUUGCAAAAUGUAAGUGAACCUUUGGUGGAAGUGGAAAAUAAAAGGACAAAAACGAUCUCAUUGUGGAGGAGAGGCAAGGAGUGGACAUGUGACUUUAUCAAGGAUUCUCCCAGCCUACUGAUAAUGUAACAACCUCCAGGUGUGAGUGCUUGUUAGGAAGCUGCUGUAAUUUAUUCACUUUGGAGGACAUUUACCAAAUUGUGAGACUGUAUGCAAGCAAAGGAGCAAGAGAAGAACUUGCCAAGUCACGGCUUGCUGCUGUUAUUAAAGCACUGCAUUUGUAUUUGUGCACUUGCCAGGACAACUUACUUUAGCCAUAUAAAACCAGCAUCAAUUAAAUGCAGGUUUUGAGGACCUAUUUAAAAAUAGGGGGAUGGGGACGCGCUGUACUGAAAGGGCUCCAACCACUUUAACUCCUUCUCAAUCAAAAGUAUGGCAUCCAAGUCAGAAUGAAUGCAAGUGAUCUUGCUUACCAAAUGUUAUGCCAAUUGGUCACAGCUGGCCUUUUGCUGGUUCUAGCUGAUGCCACAAGCCAAGAAAGCAGGCUUCUCACCCCUCAGAAAAACCUCUGCUGGCUUUCCUGGUGGCCAGGAAGUAAGAUAUCUUUGCCACCAUCACAGAGUAAGUUUCUUACCUGAGCUUAAUCACACUUUUUUAUUUUUUGCCACCUGUGCUCUAGUUGUCAACCCAAUUGCUUCAUAUCCCUCAGCUGCUCAGAACAAGGCGCCACUACAAUUUGGGUGAAUAUACUUAGGAGUGAUUGUUGAUCACCUGGGUCACCUCACCAUUCCCAGAGGUCAGGCCUCAGUAGAACUACCAGCUAAACUGCAGGAAACCCAUCUAAAUCCCUGCAAGGGCUAGGAGUGCCUAAUAGGUCAAAUGUUCAGAUAAUCUGUGACUACUGAGCCGUUUCUAGCUCCUCCAAUUGUCCCCUAAACCAGUACAGAAGAUAAAAGUUCAGUUCAUGUCCCGAUGCAUGCGCUGGUCUAUAUAUUGAGAGGUGUGUGGUAUUCAUCUUAUGCCAUACAGGACAAGGCAGCCUCAGCAUGUAUGUUCCAAGUCCCAAGACUAAGGAAGUCCUCACCACCACCACCUCAAAGACCAUGCCCAUCAGUUUGGGCAGGAAAACUUGAUAGUAGCAUGGACAGUACGCCAAGAAAAUCCCCAUCCUAUCUAGGGCCCCCAAUCCCAGGUUCAAAACUGACUGUUGGCACAGGGCAUCCGACAAGGGUAGUGGAAUCCUUAUGGACCCGAAGGAAUCAUAGAACUGUAGAGUUGGACAGGACCAAAUCUUUUUUCCCAACAGGGGGCUUGAACCAACAACCCUGAAAUGACAAGUCUCAUGCUCUACCGACAGCUAUCCCACGGAUGUGGGCAACCUGUGGCCUUCCAGAUGUUGCUGAACAAAAAUUUCCAUUAUCACUGCCUGUUGGCUGUUUGCUAGCGCUGAUGGGACACCUGGAGGAGCAAAAGGUUUACCCAUACUGUCACAGGCCGAAGCCACUCUGACUCCCCCGCUCUCAGCUGCACCUGACCACAUCGAUGAGAUUUUACACUGAUCACUUCAUCCCACCAGAUCAGUUAACCAUAGGUUUGGCAAAUUCUUCCAGGAUUACGUUACAGUUGGUUUAUCACCUUUCCAUUGGCCAUCCUGGCAUGCACCAGCAGCAUCUUAAGGCCAGAGGGACUGCGGUUGAGCCACUAGUUAUCAAGGCUGGGAGAGAGGAUGAAAGUGGAGGCAGUAGAGUUGUAGGACUUGCCAUUCCUGCACUGCCACAGCACACUCUGUCCCUUACAACCCUAAUGGGAACUGCACCUUCUCCCUUGAACUAAACUCCAAUAUAUCAGUUGGAGAAGUCUGUUUUCGAAGGAGCUGUCUUACUUCAUUUCUACUUACAGGUUUCGAUCCCCCUAUCAAUGGCAACUGAGAGAACCUGUUAUUUGCAGAACUCUCUCAGCUAUCACAAAAGCUUUAGCUCCUCUUCACUAUCUUUAGUGGAGACAAAGGCGUAUGUAUUUCCUUACUCAGAGAAAGCCCAACACCCCUCAAAUGGCUGUUCAACAGAAAACAUGCAAAAUGUGGCCAUCUAUUCAUAUAUCUCUCUGGCCCCAAAAUGGUUUGUCAAGGAAUCACAUCAAGCUUAUAAUAGCCACUUAGUCAUGAUGGUUCUUUGAGCCUGGAAGUUCCACAGAAAGGAUGCCACUCAGUACCAGAUAUUGGGAAAGACUUGGGAGAAGCCUUCAUGUCACAGAAGUGGCCAUUCCAAUGGUGGCUUCCCACUUCUGGAAUACUCUCCCAGGCAACAUGGCUGUCUACUUUAAAGCCACCAGGCAAAAACAUUAUUUAGCCAGGCCUUUGGCCAUUAAUUUGGCAGGUAACAUUGUGGCUCAUCCUUUUAUGGCUGAUCCUUUUAAGGGGGUUGGAUGGUAUUUAUUCUUUUUAUAUAUACCUUGCAUAAGCACUUUAGGACUUGUUUUAUUGCUUUUUUAUUUAGUUGUAAUAUUCUGUAAGUUGCCUUGAGACACUUAACUGUAAAAAGUGCCCAAUAUAUCUAGUUGUUGGCAUCAGUAUGUCUUGGGAGACAAUGGAGGAGUGCACCUUUGGGGGUGAAGUCAAACCACUGGGAGCGGUACAUAUAGUAAAUCAUAAAAAUGUUAUGCUGCGGGCUUCCCAAAGGUACCUGGUACACCACUAUGGGAAACAAUGCUGCAUUACAUGGACCUGCAAACUGAACCAGUUUUGAAGUAUGUAAGCAACACUUGGUUAAAACUCAGAAACCAGAUAAUCAACAGGACAUCCAGGUGUCAGAGGUAUCAACAUCAGUGCUGUACCUAACUUUUCCACUCCCCAUGAUUAGGAAAAUCCGGAUAAAAUUGACAUAACUUAUAGUCACAGAAUUCAGCAUUCCUUGAUAAAGAAUAGAGAUUUACCUUUGUGAAGUGACUGUUAAGGCUCAUUUUCCCUAAGUUAGUCUUACUGGCCUCGUUUGCAAGGAAUCCAGACCUAUGUCAUUACACAGUAGAGCAUGAGACCCUUAACACCAGGGUGAUGGCUUCUAGCCCCACAUUGGGCAAAGAUUUCUGCACUGCAGGGGAUUGGACUAGAUAAGUGCCUCAUUAUCCUUUCCAACUCUACAAUUCUGCUCAAUAUGAGAAGUCUGACACAAGUCUCUUUCCCCCCUGGUUCACACCCGUAUGUCACAAAGUUGUUGGGAGGCUAAAAGUUCUUUGGAGAUAUGUCCAAAUUACUAACUCCAUUGUUGGUAAGUUCUCUCCCACCCCAAAAGAAAAUCUGAAGUCCGUAACUACAACAAUGGCAAUAAAUUCCAGAGUUAUAACUAUGUUGGUCAGCAACAACUCUGGUAGUGUUUUAAAAAGGAACACAUUUAUUGUAGUGUAAGUUUUCAAAGGCGAGAGCAAUCUUCUUCAAAUACAUUGUAUGCCACAAAUUGGUGUUGUGUUUAAGGUGCCACAUUGUAGUAAGUGACAAGAUACUUAGUGGAGAGGAAGGCGUGUGUCUUAUGCAGAACCACCAAUUACUUACCCGGAACGCUUUAGGAAGAACUACAUUUGGACUGACCACUCAAUAUAGAUGAUUGUGUAGUGCAAGACUGUAAACAUCCCCACCACCACCUUAUGGGCUAGAACUACUGCAUGUUGUUGUUGUUGUUGUUUUUGCAAAAGCAAACUUUUCAGUGAGUCAAAUGCUCAUCAACCAUUUUAUACAUAUUUAUAUAUGCAGUCAGCAGUCAAAGAUGAAGACUGAUUUUUGAGCAGAGUUUUAUUGCUGUUUCAAAAUUAACAUGUCUUUUCCCAUUAUCCAGAUUGCUGAAAAGGAAAAGGAAUUCAGUUUUCUGCACAGCCAUGUUAACAGCUUGUCCUGUGACCUCAACAGUUUGCAAUCUCAAGUCGAUACGGCAUCUAUUCUGCAGAAAGAAAAAUGGAAAAAAUUCUCCAAUAUAUUAACAGCAAACAGAGCAUCAAUGAGCUAA